AUAAAAAAAUGCUAUCAAAUCGACCUCAAUCUCCAAAGGAAGAAGAAUGCUGUGGUAAUUCAUGCAAUCCAUGUAUAUUUGACGUACACAAAAAAUUAUUAAAACAAUGGGAGUUAAAGCAAUUAAAUUUAAAUAAUAAUAAUUUAUUAGAACCCCUAGUAUAUAAAUUAUUUAAAGUUACUAAAUUAAAACAUUUAAAUAAUGAUUACAUAAAAUUGGUACUCAGUUAUAAUUAUGAUGAACAAGAGCUAAAAGAUGGACGAAUAAUAUUAAAUCCAGGGCAACAUGUUGUAAUAAAUUACUUAAAAUGGUCAAAACCAUUUACUCCGAUAUCAUGGACUGAUACUACGAUUAAAUUAUUGAUUAGAAUUUAUGCUGACGGUAUAAAUACACAGAGAUUAAAAAAUUUGGAGAUCGGUGAGGUGAUUAAAGUUCGAGGGCCGUAUGGAGAUUUUAAUUACGCGCGUAAUAAAUUUAAAAAUAUUAUUAUGUUUAGUAUUGGUAGUGGACUAGCUGUUUUUUUACCGAUUAUUAAAUCAAUUAUUGAUGAUGAGGAAGAUGAAACACGUGUUUUUUUAACUGCUGGGUUUAGAUCGUUAGAUCUGGUACCGAUGAAAAAAAAACUUAAAUUAUUUACUGACUACUGGAAUGUUCAGUGUACGCUUUAUUUAACAGAAGGAACAAGUCUAAAUAUCAACGGUAUUGAUAUUAAGCAUGGAAGAAUUAAUGAAAGAGUUUGUAAAAGUGUUUUGGAAAAUUAUUUAGCUGAUUGUACUUUAGUUUUAAUUUGUGGGACGGAAGAAUUCAAUGAAUCGCUUGAACAAUGGGUUUCAGAAUGUAAUUUUUUAAAUUAUUAUGUCUUCAGAUGA